AGCUGUGUUGUGGAUAGCACCACGUCUAGUAACACUGAGAAAGCUUUUUGUUUGAUACACCUGGACACUUAGCUGAUUAUCUUGGAGCUGUCAAUGAACCUGGUUUUAAUGCCUCUUUUGCUGAACUCUGUAGUGUGUCUUUGAUCCACUCGACCAUCUAAACUCGAACGUCAGUCUGACUUUGGAUCAAGUUUUGCAGAACUCUGACAUCUGCACACCAGUCAAGUAGCCUAAGAAGUAAAUGACAUUUUAUUUCAAACUCCUCCGAGAAACUCCGAGCAGCAGCAUCUUGAUCUUAGAGGUUUUUACCCUGAAUUCGUUGGCACUUGUUGACAAUGGAAAGUGGAUCUAUUGGAGCUGGGAACCAACUUCUCCAUCUAGAUGUUCAUGUCGAUGAGCAAGAGCCUCAUGAAGGCAUCCUGGAGCUGCUUAGUAGACUCCGUCCUCAGUGGAAAACAGAGGACAUACAGAUGAAGGCGUUCACAGAAGGUAUCACCAACCAGCUGAUGGGCUGCUACGUGGGCUCUCUUCAGGGGCCUGGCAGUGUGCUGGUUCGCGUGUAUGGAAGGAUGACGGGGCUCUAUGUCAACCGGGACAGGGAGGUGGAGAUGUUCCAGGUGUUUCACGCUAAUGGCUGUGGCCCACAGAUCUACUGCAGCUUCAAGAAUGGCAUCUGCUACGAGUUCGUGAGGGGAGAGGUCCUGGAGGAUGAACUCCUGUGGCAGCCGUCCAUCUACAGACUGAUCGCAGCGGAGAUGGGGAGAAUCCACGCAAUCCAGGCUGAAUGCGGUCUGCCUGCUGAACCUGUGCUCUGGACCAAGAUGUCUCAGCUGCUCACACUGGUUCAGAACAAUAUCAGUGACAGCCCAGCAAAGCAAAGUCCUGUUCUUCAGAGAGACGUCCCCGGCUUCAAGGGUCUGUCAGCGGAGAUGGAAUCACUGAAGAGACACCUCUCUGGGAUCGGCUCUCCAGUCGUCCUGUGCCACAAUGACCUCCUGACCAAAAACAUCAUAUACAGCCAUGAAGAAGGAAUGGUGAAAUUCAUUGACUACGAGUAUGCUGAUUACAACUACCAGGCAUUUGACAUUGGUAAUCACUUCAAUGAAUUUGCCGGUGUGAAUGACGUUAAUUACAGCCUUUACCCAAGCCAUGAGCUGCAGAGGGACUGGCUGAUGGCCUAUCUGGAGAGCUAUAAACGCAGCGCAGGACGCGAGGUCACCGUUACAGAGAGGGAAGUUACACAGCUCUACGUUCAGGUCUGCAAGUUUUCACUGGCAUCCAGUUUCUUCUGGGGCCUCUGGGCCAUCCUGCAGGCACACUUCUCCUCCAUAGACUUUGACUUCCAGAGGUACGCUACGGUCCGACUCAACUACUACUUUGAGAAAAAAGAGGAGUAUUUCAGUCUGUCGCUGAGUUAGACACAGUGCACGGGCCAGGGGAUGUGUUUCCAGUGCUGAGAGGAGCAGCAGCCUGUCUGUCCUGUGCAAGCCAUGGUCCAGGAAGAGCUCCCACUAAUGUGGAAAAUACAUAUUGUUCCUUUUGUAAUUGUCCAAGAGUUAAAGCAAUUGUGGAAAUGUAUGCGUUGAAUAAGCUGAUUAUUUUAAAUGCGCCAUCCUUUGUUUGUUAUUCCAUCCUUCAAUGUGACUUAAUCUGUUUUGCUAUCACUGUGAUUUUUUAAAUAUUUGUUUUACCACACUCAGUCACCGAUAAGCCUAUUUGGCAAAUUGAGAUGAGGCCUUUGCCAGAAAGACAUUAAUUGUUCCCACAUUUAGCCAAGUUGCAAAGAGCCACAAAAACUAAGUCUGAUCAUAAAACCUAUAAGAGGUUUAUGUGCAGGCUUAUUCAACAUGAACUACAGCUCUGCUGGAAAAAAUGAAAAAACGACUGUUUCCAUCAUUUAACCAAUUUACAAGUAGUGUAUUAUUUCAAGAUGAAUAUGUCCUCUGCCUUUGUGUCAUUCCUUUAAGAUAUUGGUGUUGAAACGAAGGGAACACAUGGAAGUGAACCU